GUCUGACUCUAGUUGGACUGUGCCAUCAGGCAGUGAUCCUGGUCCUGAAGGCGAACGAGCUGAGCCUUGGUCUUCUCAGUGGCGCGCUGAGUUGGUGGGCGCCUGCACUCCUGAGCAGCUGCUGGACCUUGAUUUGUCUCCGCUGGAAUCUUGGGUGCCUCGCCUCAGUGCUUGUGGUGAGUGGUCUCCAUUAGCCAGGUUGGGACGUGGCUUGAGAGCUGGUGUUGCAGCCCGCAUUCGUCUGAGCGGCGAGUCGACUGCAGUGUGUGAGUCUCCCAGGUUGGCUGUGCAGAAUCGGAUCUACGUGGUGCUUCGAGCGGCCCCGCCUCACGCAUCUGGGUGGACUACAUCCUACAACAUCUACGUCUCCAAGGUGCGGGGCAGUGCUGGCGAGAGGUUCCAUCGUGACAGUGUGUCGCACGCCUUUGCUAGCCGUGCUGAAGCUUCUGCUUACGUUCUGGGCGCCGUUGAGGGGGACACAGUUUUGUUCAAUUCUGUGGCUUAUUUGGUGAAAUGUCGGUCUGGCGGCUUCAUGUUUUUGGUGCCCGACGUUCCAGAGGUGACCGACUUUGUCACUGCUCAGGAAGAUGUGUUUGGAUGCAGGACUUGCACCAUCACCGUGGAGCUUCCUCGUGGCAAACGCACCUCAGAAGAGAAUGCAGUGUUGGUGGAUGCAACUUGGGAUCAAGUUUCUUCUUUCACCCGAUGGUCGCCCCUUCGUGGCGACGAAGUAGAAACUGUGCAUCGCUUCUAUGUGGGGCAAAGCGCGGGCAGACCAUCCGCGGAGGCGGUGAUGGCGGCCGCAGAUGCUUGGAUCCACGAUGCCAUGGACGACGACACCGCUGGAGACUAUGUGACCGGCGACAGCGGCUUAGAGGGUUUUGCAGAACCUCCAGAUUCGGCCGCUCCGCCGCACGGUGGAACCGUGGAGCAGGAUGCUGUGCUUCAAAUGCAGCAGCGUAUCCUCGAGCUAGAGACUCGCCUGGGGACUCUCCAAGGCAGUGCCGCUCUCCAUGCUACUCCAAAGGCUGGUGGUUUGCAGCUGCUUUCUUCUCCGUCUCAACCAGCGGAUGCUCAGGUGCUUCAAAGAUUGCGAGCAUUGGCAGGUUCUGGGCCAGGACGUCUUGGCGCUCACGAACGUACUGCUCGCGCAGAACGGCCGGAGGUGGCGUUCGACAAUGCUCUGCAAGAGGAGAUGCUGGGGGCUACAGAGGAGGACGAGCUGCACGAAGCUCUGGCUACUACGCUGGAAGAGGUGCAGGAUCCUAUGCAGCGCCUUCUGGUACUACAGACGCAGCAGCUGAGCAUGUUGUCAAAGCAUCUCACAGCCAAGAACCUGGACCCAAUUCAGAAAGCUCUGGGGGGCUCCGAUGCAAGCGGCAGUUCAAGCUCAGGAGUCCGCGGCUGUCUGGCGCGGGAUGCCUUUUUGAAGAUGAGCCAAGAUCUUCCUCGACUAGCCAGUGUGGGGGGAGCAGCAGUAGGAGCGCGAUCUGGAAAUCGGGAGCUGCAGGGCUUUGCAAUGAAGGGCAUGACGUUUGUGGAUCAGGAACAAGCAGAGAGCUCAGUUGCAACCUUUCUCCAAACUGACAUCGGCGACUGCAGUGGCAGCCAAUGUGUCUUACCUGAAGGAUCUGGACUUUUUGGAAGGGCGGAUCCAAGCAGCUGGAAAGCAAACCAAAGCUUCUCCUCAGGGGGACGAAAAGACCGAGGUGACACCAAAGCCAAAAAGGAAAGGCAAGGGAAAAGGAAAGGGGUCUCCCAGCCCAGCCGGCGAAGAGGCCACUACAGCUCCGAGCUGAAGUCUGAGGCAGUGCACCCAGAGCUGUUGUCCCAUGAUGACCUUUGUGGGAUGCAUUCGGGCAGUACGAAGUUGCUGUCUGACUUUGAAGUGCCUGCAACAAUUCAGUGCAUUGAGAUCAUGCGGGUGGUCUUGCAGUUAGUUGGCCAGAGUCAUUCUGGCUUAGGUGAGUUCCUGCGCCGAAGUCUUUUUCGCAGGAAGUCAUCAGCUCCUCGCCAUGUUUGCGGCAGUUGUACUUCUGCCGAUAUAUGGCCCUGUCCCCCACCGCUGUGGCGAUGGACGGGCCCAGCUAAGCUCUCCCCCCGGCGUCGCAAGAGAAGGAAGUUUUUAGAGACCAGGGCGAAGUUGUUGCAAGUUGUCAUCAUUGUUCUCAAUUGGCUUAGUUUGGGGUACCCAAAAUACCCCUCAACUGUGUGCGAGUUGGGUGCCAAAAUCAGUGAUCAGCAGCAUGCCAUGAUUGAGCGUCUGGAGAGCCUGGUGGGCUAUUUUCUUCUUGCAGAACCCGUAGCUGCGGCCGAGCUAGGCCGGGCAGGGGAAAAGCUGAGCAAAAUUUGUGAUGCAGUAAUUCAACUCCCUUCCACUGUUCCAGACAUCAGUUGGGAUGAGAUGGCAAGUUUUUUAGAUAUGAUUCACCGGGAUUUUGAUCCAUACAGCAGUACAGCAGCUGCCCCUGACCAGCAAACUCACCAUGAUGCUUCUGGUGAACCAGUUCCAGAUCAAAACCGUCAGCUUGGUGUAGAUGUUCCGCUGAGUGUUUCUCCAGCAAAGCCAGUCAUUGCGGAGCGCAUCAAAUGGAAGCUAGGACCCACUUUCAACCCUGAGCCUUUUUUGGUUGAUCCUGUUGUUCAAGCUGCUUUCAAAGACCCUGAUGUCUUGCGUAAACCUGCAACUGACUGGCCAGCCAAGCGGAGAGCGCGAGUGCAUUGCGACCGAGCUGAACUGAAGAAGCUGGCGGAAAAGUGGGACAAGCUGGGCGCCUGCGCCCUUAUUCCUGUGCAUUGUGUACCUGAAGAUGAAGCAGAUGUUUUCAUGAUGGAUGCUAGUCCUUUUGGUGGCGCGCUCUGCAGAACACGUGUGGGCGCUUUUGCUGCCGAAGAGAUGUGGCGUCAUACAGAGCAGAGAGGUUACUAUACCGCGCUUCAACAUGGAGCGCGUGAAGUGCUGCAUGAAAAGGGCCUGGACCACGAGGAAACCUUUGGUCCUCCCAGCGAGCAGACUGUGGACUUUGCUGUGAGUCUCUCACCGGCACCUCUGUGGCCCGGUGUCGAAGAUGUGACCUUCGACUGCAUUGAGCUGUUCUCUGGCUCCGGUAACUGGAGUAAGGCACAUGCUGCUGAAGGUUUUCGAGUGCAUCCUGGCAUUGAGCGUGGUGCUACUGGUGUGAGCUUUGGUGAUUUGAUGGACCCAGUCACCUUUCGGAAGACGGCUGCUUUAGCUGCAUCUGGAAAGGUGAAGGAGUGGCACGCUGGGCCGCCGUGCUGGUCAUUUGGCACUUUACGGCGCCCGAGAUUGCGGAGCAAGAUGUUUCCAGCUGGCUUCAAUCCUUCUGACCCGGUGACCUAUGAGCAGACCAUUUUAGCAAUGCGUACGGCUUUCAUUUUGACUUUAGCGCUCCUGAGUGGCUCCUACAUUUCUGCUGAACAACCAGGGGCCUCUGUCAUGUUUGAGUUGCAUUGUUUCCAAGUUCUGCUUUCACUGGGUUGCUGGCUUACACGUUUUCCUUUUUGCAGUUUUGGCAGUGGCUUUAACAAGCCUUCGAAGUGGCUACACAACAAACCCUGGCUCCUGCCUUUGGAGUCUACGUGCCAAUGCCGCUACAAGGGCUGCCAUUUUGUCAUCGAGGGCUCCUUCACACGCCAGUCCAUUGAGCUUUUUGAUCAGAGGUGCUCUCCAAGUGCUGCAGAGGUUUAUGGUCGUGCGCCCGUCCCUGGGGAAGCAGUCAGUGCUUAUUCAGCUAUGUAUCCUUGGUCUUUGGUGCAGCGCAUGGCACGCGGCAGCAAACUGGCGAGAGAUCAUGGUGCACCUACGACCAGCACUGCGCAGCACACAGUGGAGCCGGAGACACGCAGAGCAUGGCACGAGGGCAGAAGCAGUUCUCGAGCUUUGAGCAGAAUCCUGCGUAGCUCCUUGGGCUACGUUUUGGGUGGUUGCCUUUACCCAGGCACUUUGCACUGCAGAUCUAGCUGGAACCGCGCUGAUGGUCCUUCUCGUGAUUCGGAAGUGCCUGGGCCUACGCGGGAGAUGCCUCUCUGGUUGACCGACCUUCAGAAAGGGCAAGUCAAACGCUUUGAUGUCAUCAUCAAGAGCGCAUGCUGGAGGAAUCCUCUGGGCCGCUGGGUCCGCUUGCUGUUGUUGCUUUGCGGUGACAUUGAGGAGAACCCUGGACCAGCAAAAAGCUACAUUCCUAGAGGUGAGCUGGACUUUGAUGUCGGUUUUUCACCGGCGACCCUGGAUAGGAUGCAAAAAUGUUUGCAGGAGUUCAGCUCAUGGUUGCAGACGCGUGCGCAGACCUCUUUGGAAGCUGUGCUGAUGACCGCUGAGGCGGUGGAUGCAGCCUUGCGAGCCUAUGGGAAGGAGUGUUUUGCUGCUGGGAAACCCAGGUACUGGCUGGUUUAUGCUAUUACAGCUGUUCAACAUUUGCGGCCACAGUUCCGCAAUUUUCUGGCUGGUGCAUGGCAAGUGGACCGCAAAUGGCAGAUUGAAGAGCCGGGUCAAUGUAGGGCAGUGUUGUCAGCUCCACUCAUCCGGGCCAUCAUUAGUUUGUCCUUGCUCUGGGGGUGGCGCAGUUUUGCUGCGUUAGUGGCAUUGGGCUUCUCUGGCAUGCUCCAUCCCAAUGAGUUUGUCAAUUUGAUGCGCUCUGAUUUGAUUUUUCCAGAGGACACUUUGGAGCAGCGAGCUGCAAUGUACAUCUACAUCAAAAACCCCAAGACAGCUAGGUUUGCUCGCAGACAGCAUGUGAAGGUUUUGGAUGAUUCAGUGAUCUGGCUGGCUAGAAAAGUCUUUUGGAGUUUGCCGAUGACAUCGAAACUCUUCAACGCAUCUAUGGCGGUGUUUCGCCGACAGUGGAAUGCAGUCCUGAGUCACAUAGGUGUCCCCCACAAGCAAAGUGUACGGGGGGCCACGCCAGGCACCUUGCGGGGCUCAGGCGCUACUCAUCUGUACCUUGAAGAUGAGGACCUGUCAAAGAUCUGCUGGCGCGGCCGAUGGGCCAAGAUGCGUACCCUGGAAUAUUACAUUCAAGAGGUAG